AACACUCUUUAGUUUAAAUGCUAGUAUUUUCCAAAAAUGGCUGAUGUGUUGAGUAUUUUGAAGCAGUACAAUACGAAUAAGAAGGAGAUAAUCGAAAAGGAUGAUCAAAUAAUUUUCGGCGAGUUUGCAUGGCCGAAAGAUGUCAGGACUAACUAUUUAGUUUGGGGGACAGGAAAAGAUGGUGUCCCCAAGGAGUAUUACACACUGGACUGCAUCUUGUUUCUCCUAAAGAAUGUACAGCUUGCUCACCCUUUGUACGUCAGAGAAGCAGCCGCCACCAACGUUCAGGUAGUACGUCGUGCCGACAGAAAAGACCUGCUUGCCUUCCUUAAUGGGGAGACAACGACAUCUGCAAGCAUUGAUAAGAGCGCUCCCCUGGAAAUAUCUCUACAAAGACCCACACAAGUGAAAAGAACAGCGGAAGAAACAAGCAAUGAACAAGAGAAAAAGAAACCUCGUUUGGAGGAGGAGCAAGUUCAGCAGGCCAAGAGGAACUGGAUACACAAGAUCGAUGGAUACAAGGAAUCAUCUGUCUUACCUGCGGCACUUGCUUCUUCAUCGCUUCACGAGGCCAUGCCUCUGGAGAAGAUUGCUGCCAUCAAAGCCAAGCGUGCCAAAAUCAAGCGAACCAAGAUUAAAGGUGAUGAUGACAUUCAGCCUGGGGCACUGGAACAGCGCAGCUUCGUGGAUGCAGAAGUUGAUGUCACACGUGACAUUGUCAGUCGAGAACGACUCUGGAGGACGCGAACCACUAUCUUGCAGAGUAACGGAAAACAAUUCUCCAAGAACAUCUUCAGCUUGCUGCAGUCCAUCAAGGCUCGUGAAGAAGGCCCGUCCAGGAGCUCUCAUGGCGUGCCUCACACUCCCUCAGUGCCCCAACCCAAACCACAGCCCAUUGCAUACAACAGAUACGCACAGGAAAGCUUCGGAGCAAAAGAAUCUACAGAAGGGUUCAACAUCGAGACCAUGGGCACAUAUCACGGCAUGACCCUGAAGUCAGUGACAGAGGGAGCCACAGCCCCUAGAAAACCAGCGGCCCUUCAGCCCCCUUCUCAGCCCCAGGCUGCCCCUGCUAGCAGGCCGAUCUCACAGGCCCGACCCCCACCUGGACAGAAAAAAGGAUCUCGGACCCCUAUCAUCAUCAUCCCUGCUGCCACCACCUCUCUCAUCACCAUGUUCAAUGCUAAAGAUGUGCUCCAGGAUCUUAGGUUUAUGAGUACUGAGCAAAAGAAAAGCCAGGGAGCGAAGCGGGACAAUGAGGUUCUGAUACAGCGUCGUAAGCAGGGAGGCAACACCGUACCAUACAGAAUCAUCGACAAUGCUCUGAAGCUUACACCUGAAGACUGGGACAGAGUUGUGGCAGUGUUUGUUCAGGGUCCGGCUUGGCAGUUUAAAGGUUGGCCAUGGGAUGGAAAUCCUACAGAAAUAUUCUCAAAAAUCAAAGCGUUCCAUAUGAAGUUUGCUGAGAUGCCUACUGAGGCCAACGUGUUGAAGUGGAAUGUAACCGUGAUAGAUCUGGACCGGACCAGACGACAUCUCGACAGAGCCAGUCUCCAAACCAUCUGGGAGGUCCUCGACAAAUAUAUGGCCAAAGCCAAGCCUCAUUUAAGAUUCUAAUGCUGGGGAAUGAGUGAAAGUGACUGGGAUGUUUAAGAGUGAAACGUAAGAGUAACACAGAACUUAACAACAUGACUACAGUCAUCAAGCAUUGUGCGAGAACAAUUUAUCAGCUAAACAUGUGUGUAUCAAAUACAUUUAUUCCAAGCUGAAUGCUGUUCAUACAUUUUGUAUAAGGUCGAUAGAUUUUCUAAUAAAAUGAGUGUUUCAUUUGUGGAUAAGAUACUUUGUACAAACUCAGCGAUUGUAUAUUCCGUGGACGAGUUCAGCAUUUGUAUACAAUGAUAACAUUUAUGUUUGAAAAAUAAAAAAUAAAAUAAUAUGCUUUACUAUAUGCAAGAGUUAACAGGCAUAAGCUUUUACAUGUUUAUAUAAUACUUUAAGCAGUGUAAAAACCUUUUGCUGUAUUUAACUCUUUUGUGUUUAACAUAAACUAUGAUUGUGAAAAUAAAUAAAUUGUAUACAUUAA